AUGGAGGUUCCUAUUUUGAAAUUUAAUUUACAAUCAAAAACUUUUUUGAAAAAAGUUUUUUGUCAAAGAGAAAAAAAUGAUGAAAAAUUUCAGGUGACUCAAGUCAUAGCUGACGAGAUCGGACUGACUGAUUUUGAAGAAUCGAAGCCUCAAGCCAGUAUCAAUGGUGUCACAACAAUAGAUUUAUCAGUGAGUGUUGAUUUUUUCCGUUCAUUUCACUUGUUUUCAGUCUCCGCAAGGAAAUUUUCGAGUUCAUUUGGUGCGGGAUGCAAAUGAAGAAAACGUUUCUUUAGAAGAAGGAUCCAAGUUGGUUGGUCUUGAAAUUUUGAUUAAACUAUUUUUUUCGUUUUUUUUUUUUCAAUAUCAAACUUGCAGGCCGCUUUCUACAAUGCUCGUUUUUGGCAUGAAGUCGCAGCAUACGAGAAAGUCAACUUCAAAUGCGGAAAAUUCCACUCGGCCUUUCAGGUGGGAGCUUUUUUCAAAAGUUCACUGCGAUAAACUGUAUUUUGUGCGAAUUUAAAUUAAAAGUCACUUUCAAGUCCGUUGUUAAAUCGCGAAAAAUCUAAAAAAAUGAGUCUUUUUUUAAAUUUCUUUUCAAAAAAAUAUUUUUUUAUUCACGGUCGUUUCAAAUUUUUUUUCUAAGAAACUGACAACUCAUUAGAAAAAAAUUUAUACGUUUUGUUUUAAAUUUUUCUGAAACCACCUCGAUAUUUUUCAAAUCUGGAGCAAAAUUAGCGCGCCUUUUUUUUGGAAUUUUUUGUUUAUUUCUGGUUAGUUAUGAAAAAUAAUCAUUCAAAAAAAUUUUUCUCUUUUCUGUAAUUUUAUUGUCAUGAAGAUCCAGUGAUUUUCUUAUUUCCGGUAAUUUUUUUCCUAUCAGACAAUUCGAACGUCCAUUCAAUCUUUUCUCAUGCUCAGUUCUUCAGAUAGCGGAGGACGAGGCGAAUCACUCUGUUUUUGUGACGUCAUUCCAGGCGGGCUCCACGCGGGCGGAACUCGGGCUCGGCGAACUCAUUAAAGUCGCUGAGCAAAUCGCUCAUCUUCACGCCAUCAACCCAGCAACUAUCAAUAAAGAGGUUUCCAUUGUAAAAUCGACGGUUUAUCCGAAAAAAAGAGUUUCAGUUCACAAGUGCAGUGAAAGACAACCACGACAACAUCUCGCUGUACAAGAAGAACCUGCAGAAGUCGCUUCUCGACAUUCUCGGCUACGCCGUCAGCAAGGAACUCGCCGUCUACUUCGACCAGCCUUUGGAAGUCGUCUCCAAGGUGAAGACGUUGAUCGAGGCCGAAGAAGAUGUCGACGAAGAGGAUCCCAGAGUCCUUUGCCACGGCAGACUCACCGCGGAAAACUGCAAAUUUGAUGAGCGUGGCGAAGUCGCCGAGAUUGCUGAUUGGGAGGUUCAUUUAUACACCUAUUUCUCUACAAAUUGUUUUCCCUACAUCUUCAUUUUUAGUUUUUUUGACAUUUCAAAUUUUUGGGCCUAUAAGAAUCCUAAUUUUUUCAAGGAAAAUUAAAGGUUUUUUUUUUAUUUUUGCAUUAUUCAGCACUGUAGCCAAAAGUUAAACAUCGGUCAUUGAAAAAAAGUUUCUAGAAAAUUUUUUUCUUGUUUUUCUGCAGGUACAUAAAAUCUUUUAAUAUUACCUAAAAAUUAUAAUUUUUUUCUCCAGAAUAUCCACUUGGGAAAUCCAGCGAGAGACCUCACGAACCUCAUUUUAACGUCCGCUAGCCCCAGUUUACGGAGAAAACAGUUUAUGAAGGUUCCGAAAUUGAGAGUUUCUCUUAUUCUGACGGAUUUUCAGGUUUUCCACCACUAUUUCUACAUUUUGGUAGAUUUGCGACCGCCAAAGUACCAGCUUCCUGAGUUGAAAACGUGGUUCCGGAGAAACCAUGCGGCCUUGGUUUUGGAGGGGUUCGUUAUUUUCAGACUUAUUGGAAAUCAUUUGAAUGACCGUUCAUAUUUAUUAAAUGCUCAGAAUAUUUAACACGUCAAACGCGAUUACCGGUUUUUUUUUUGUUGAGCUCUAGUUUUGCCCUAUUUUGCUUUUUUCUGAUGCCGUGUUCAAAGUAACUUCGCGAAAUCUCCAAAAUUUAGUUGUUUUUUUCUUUCUCUGACAGCUAUUUUGCAUUUCGCGAAAGUACUUUGAACACGGCAUGAGCUUUCGAACUUUUAUCUUAAGAUCUCUGUACAUCUGUCUAACAAGGGAAGUGCGAAAAGACAAAGUUUGAGAAUUUGAUGAAUCUUUGCUGAGAUGUACUACCAGGUCCCCUGAAUCGAAAACAAGAAAAAAAUUUUCAAUUCUCAAACUUUGUUUUUUUACACUUUCCCUUGUAAAAAUCCUAAAACAGGAAAACUGGAGGUUUUUCUUUCUUUUUUUUUUGCCCAUUUCCUUAAAUUCGAUUUUACAUUAGGAGUGUCUGAAUAGUCAUAGGAAACGUUUUCAGAUUUUAUUAUUCUGUGCGUUAUAGUUAACUUCACCAACUAUUUUUUCCAGGAUUUUUUUUUUCUUUUUCUCCUGGCAUUUCAUCUUGUGUAAAGUUGAUAACAAAUACAUCUAAAAGACGAAUUUUUUUUCUCAUUUUUAAAGCUCACAAAAGGACUUUUUCUGAUUUUCAUUUGGAUUGCUCCUUAGAAUCGAACGUCUACUGGAGAUCCUCUCCGAGUCCGACGACGAGGAGCUCAAGAAAAAGGCGGCCCUUCGAUGGGAGUCGGCCCUCGACGACGCCGUCGACUUCCACAGUGGAAACUAUCUGAGUGACGGAGAGCAGACAUUCUUUUCGUACAAAGAUUGA